GACAAGCAAAGAGAGGAGGGGAGAAAGAAAAAAGGGUUUUGCAACCGGUGGAGAGUUUAUCCUGUGACGGCGUUUGGAUGCGUAAAACUCCGGUAGACAAACAAAUAUUUUUCCAAACGUUCCAGAGAAGACAAUACAAGAUUCACGCCGACACCGGUGAAGAAUGAAUCCUAUGGCUGCGGAAGGAACGCGAGAGAAGAUGCUGUGAUAUGUACAUAGACAGUCAGGCAGGGAGGGUGAGAGCAAGGGAGAGACGGAGAGGGAGGGGGAGCGGCAGGCUACUACACCAGCCAAAGAUGCUUGCUAUUUCUAGAAGCACGAUUUAUAACACGGCCGAACGUUCGACAUUCAAAGUAAACAAUUCUUGCGAGAAAUUUAAAGAGGAACACAAUCUUAACUCUUACUGACACUGAUAAUGGAAGAUUGAGAGUAGCCUGGACGGUUGCGGAUAGUGGGGACGCUGUUUCGACGCUAUGAUCCCAGUUUCCUGAUGCAGGGCCAGGGAUAAACUUAAGUGUGCACCGGAUAUUGGAAAAUCGUUCUUCUGUGGCUGUAAUCAUUGAAUAUGCUAUCCGGGAAGGAAACAAAACAUUUAGUAUAGUUUUAGAAGGAGGAUAAUAGGACGAAUAGGCUAUAUCUCUGUGAAAACAUUCGGGACAACUUCUUAACAAACAUCAUUGACUAAUAAAAAAUAGUAUCGGGUAGAUUUUGGAUGUAAUCUGCUAUGCAGUCUCUGCUUGAGAGAUUUUCAUAUUACAGCUGCAACCAGCUCUUUACGGUAGGCUAAUUGACGAUACUAUCAUAGUAACUACAGCGAUUUCAAUUGCUGUUUAUCCCUUCAGUAGUUCAUUUUGGACAUCUAAGAUUUGCGCCUGUCAAUAUUUCCUUACCCCUCUUUAUCAACUCCCAAUAAUUUAAUGUAGCCUACGUUCAUUUUUGAUUAUAGUUAUCAUUUUAAAUAUACUGUAAUUGAUCUCUAAACAACAAAAAAUAUAUGCAGUAGCCGCAAGAAAAACAAGUGCAUGGGAGUAGGCUAGGCCACGGAACUGCCAUCGCGACCACAGCCGCUCUCUAUCACUCCCUGUGACAUCGCUAUGUGUCUGUAAUGUCGGUACGGCGGUGCCGCGCCGCCCGAAGGACUGAGACUAAUCGUUAUCAAUUUCUCUGGACAAAUAGCAUUGAUCAUAUAGCCUUAUAGUGAUAGAAUUCCGUCUUUAACAGACGGUCAGAAUGACUAGCAAAGAGCUGACUGUAGGCCAAUCGGCCCAGUACGUCGGGCCUUACCGGCUGGAGAAAACGCUGGGGAAAGGGCAGACAGGUCUGGUGAAGUUGGGGGUCCAUUGCAUAACUGGACAGAAGGUGGCUAUAAAGAUUGUGAAUAGAGAAAAGCUGUCCGAGUCUGUCCUUAUGAAGGUGGAGAGAGAGAUAGCUAUUCUUAAACUAAUAGAACACCCUCAUGUACUGAAGCUGCAUGACGUUUAUGAGAAUAACAAGUAUCUAUACCUGGUGCUUGAGCAUGUAUCGGGUGGAGAGCUCUUUGACUACCUGGUGAAGAAAGGCAGGUUGACCCCUAAAGAGGCCAGGAAGUUCUUCAGGCAGAUCAUCUCAGCCCUUGACUUCUGCCACAGUCACUCUAUAUGUCAUAGAGAUCUAAAGCCAGAGAACCUGCUCCUUGAUGAGAAGAACAACAUUCGCAUUGCUGACUUUGGCAUGGCCUCCCUACAGGUUGGGGACAGCCUACUAGAGACAAGCUGUGGAUCUCCCCACUAUGCAUGUCCAGAAGUGAUCAGGGGAGAAAAGUAUGAUGGCCGCAGGGCUGACGUCUGGAGCUGUGGAGUCAUCCUCUUUGCUCUGCUAGUGGGUGCGUUACCUUUUGACCAUGACAACCUGCGGCAGCUGCUGGAGAAGGUGAAGAGUGGGGUGUUCCACAUGCCCCACUUCAUCCCCCCUGACUGCCAGGCCCUGCUCAAGGGCAUGAUAGAGGUCAACCCUGACAAGCGGCUCACGCUAGAAGCAAUACAGAAACACUCCUGGUACCUCGGGGGGCGUAACGAGCCGUGCCCGGAGCAGCCCCCUCCGAGGCGCGUGUGCGUGAAGAGGAUCGUGUCUGUGACAGAGCUGGACCCUGACGUGCUGGACAGCAUGCACUCUCUGGGCUGCUUCAGGGACCGCAGCAAACUCACACGGGACCUGCAGUGUGAGGAAGAUAACCAGGAGAAGAUGAUCUAUUACCUGCUUCUGGACAGGAAAGAACGUUACCCCAGCUGUGAAGACGAAGACCUGCCGCCCAGGAAUGACACAGGUCUCCUAGCAGACCCCCCCAGGAAGCGGGUAGACUCCCCCAUGUUAACCCGUCAUGUCCGCCAUCGUCCUGAGAGGAAGAGUCUGGAGGUCCUGAGUGUGACGGACCAAGGAUCCCCGACGCCCCCUCGCAGAGCCCUGGACACAUCCGCACACAGCCAGAGGUCUCGUUCAGUCAGUGGAGCCUCCACUGGGCUCUCCUCCAGCCCCCUGAGCAGUCCCAGGAGCCCAGUGUUCACUUUCAGCCAAUCAGAAGUCACCUCUGCCUCAACCACCCAGUCCAAAGACCCUAAACCAGGAAGUGCCACCACUCCCCGGGCAUCCCAACGUGCGCCCGAUCCAAAAACCCAGACCCUGCCUUCUAAGGCGGCUUCUGAUCGUCCUCACCUCCAGUCCAUGAAGUCCCUCCCCCUUCAGACUCCUCCCUCCCCCUCCCCCUCCCCUCUUCUCUCCCCCAUCCCUCGUUUUUUCUUCUUCCCUGCUCCCUCCGUCUUCAAGUCUGUCACUAAGAAUAUCUAUCCUAACUCUGCCCCCCCUGUGUCACAGGUCACACCCCAGGGCUCUCCGCUCCCCACCCCUCUGGGUACCCCUGUGCACCAUCCCCAGCACCCCCCUCCCACCCCUCCCUCCUCUUCCUCCUCCUCCUCUUCCUCCAGGGCGGAGGGGGGCGGUGGUGUGGGCGGCGGCUCCCUGUCUCUUACUCCUCCCUCCAGCCCCGGAGGCAGUGGGGGCAUGGCAGCCAGUAGCUCCGCCCACUGGAGGACACGCCUCAAUUCAUUCAAGAACAACCUGCUGGGGUCACCUCGUUUCCACCGCCGCAAGCUGCAGGUCCCUACAUCAGAGGACAUGUCUAGUCUAACUCCAGAAUCCAGCCCUGAGCUGGCCAAGAAGUCUUGGUUUGGGAAUUUCAUCAGUUUGGAGAAGGAGGAGCAGAUCUUUGUUGUAAUCAAAGACAAACCGCUCAGCUCCAUCAAAGCUGACAUAGUUCAUGCCUUUCUGUCUAUCCCGUCUCUGAGCCACAGCGUCAUGUCUCAAACUAGUUUCCGGGCUGAAUACAAGUCUUCUGGCGGGCCCUCAGUCUUCCAGAAACCCGUCAAGUUUCAGGUGGACAUCGCCUUCUCUGAAGGAGAUAGGGAACGAGAGAGGGAGAGGGCGGAGAGGGAAGGAAAGAGAGAGACAGGCAUCUACAGUGUGACUUUCACCCUAAUAUCAGGUCCCAGUCGAAGGUUCAAGAGAGUAGUGGAAACGAUUCAAGCCCAGCUACUUAGUACUCAUGAUCAGCCUUCUGUGCAGGCACUGGCUGAUGAGAAGAACGGACAGCUUUCCUCACGUCAGCCCGGCACCCCCACCCGGCAGAACUCCCGCCGCUCCGAAGGCGGAGGGGACCGUGGAGAGCGAAGUGACCGGGCCGAACGUGGGGACGCAGGCAUAGGUGGCAGUGGCAGUGUUCUACAGAGGAGAGGUUCCGGUAAAGACAAGACCCGACUCCUGUCCUCCAACGGGACCCAGUCUCAGCCCUGACAGAACCCUGUAGAGCACCAGACGAGGCAGGAGCAGGACCGGCCAGAGACAUCUUGAGGAACACACAGGCUUCCCCUAUCAAACAGAUCACCCACAGCACAGGUUACCACACCACCUUAUUGGAAAACACUCACUGGCUGCUCUUUGAGGCAGUCAGGAAACCCUAAUAAGCAACCUUAACUUAAAAAAAAACAUUUCUACUGGGAAAAUCACCAUCAUCGACUAGUCAGGAACACCACAGUCCAUGUCUACAGUAUGUCCAAAACAUUUACCGAUCAUCUUUCAUCAACCACACAUAUGGAAAAUCAAAAUGAGUCCUGUCAACAGUCAGAUCAGAAGCUAGCUGAUUCAAACUGCUCAGAGGAAAGAUCUGUGGUGAAUUGUAGGAUGGAGUCACCCAUUGAACUGGAAAACCUGUUUAACCUCCCUGUUCCCAAUGGUAGGGAAAUGUGAUAGUUCCAUCCAACAGAAUUAUGGGUAAAGGCAAGUUAGGAAAUUAUCUUAAAAGACUGAGAAAUAGAGGUGGUGUGUCGUAUUACAGAGCGAUAUUAAAAUAAUUGGCUUAAUGACAAAAAUAAUCUGAAUCAAGCUUUCAAAUGAGUCAUCUAAAAUGCUUAUACAGCUAUUUGACGAAUCUUCUUCACAGAGAGAAUCGGAUAAUUAUUAUCUGAUUGUGAAAUUGUAGAACCAUUUUGCCUUUAUUUGAGGAAUAGCAACAAGCUAUCUAAUAGUUGUAGCCCCAUCUUACUAUUGAACACAUCAAAUAAGUCCUAGUCCUCAUUUUAGAAAGGCCAUACACAAAUCCUUACAGAAGAUAUGCAACUGUGGGACUGAAUCUUGUUUAACCAAUUUUUGGUGUGAAUGAUUUUAGAGAAGAAAAUUGAACUUCACCACACUGGUUGUUUUCUCUCAAAUAUAAUUCAGUUUCACUCUAAAGAUUCAUUACACUCACUACCCCCCCCCCCCCCCCUUUCCUCCCAAAUAUGAGAGAGUGCACAAAAUGAGCAGAGAGAACAGAGUUGAGUUCUUCUAAAAGGAGAUCUGGAAAACGUAAUUUCAAGAAGAAAGAAAGACUGACCAAACUGAGGCAGAAAGACAAACAUGUAUGUAAAUGCUGCAUAUUCAUUCUCCCAGGACGGGAAAAGAAACAAACCACACAGAAAGAAUGAAAUCCAAUGUUUUGGUUAAUUUGUCUUUUUUUUCUUCUCUGUGAAUUAAGUGCAAAUGAGUUUGAUGUUUGCCGCCAGCAGGAUGGAAGAUGAUGCUAAGUGAAUGUCAAAAACGUUACAAUUAUUGCCAUAAUAUGUAUUUAUUUUAUUCUGUCUAUUUACGUGUUUAUUUAUUUGUUUAUUUAUUUGUGAAUAUUCCUGAAGCUCAAGAUGGAAAGAAAAGAUGGAGAAUCAAAUGGGAAUAUAAAAAGAGGAGAAAUUGAAGUCAAGAUAGAAUUGUCUGUAUUGAGACAGUUACCUAAUGUCUGCUAUUUUUGAGUUCAUAUCAUUCCCUCUUUUCCUGAAAGCAAAGUAGAAAAUUUGCUUGUUUUCAUUUUUAUGUUUUGAAAACCAAUGCUGCAAACAUUCCUUACUGCUUAUGUUUACAUUAUAUAUAUACUUUAGUCCCAAUUUAGAAAAUGAACACAGAAUCAAAAUAUACUAAAGCUGAAUACAAAACACAAACCUAUGAGAGAUGUUAUUGCUUUUUAGGCAAAUCUAAUGUAGGCCAACUCAUAGACACUUGAAAAAGUGGAAGAGAGCAGGAGAGGGUUAAAAAGGAAAGUCCCCUCUUCACUUUUGCAAGAAUGUUACACAGAAACUAACACAAAUUGCCUCUAAAAGCAGAAACCCUUUGCCAGUGACAAAAACGUGUUGCUUUCAAUGUCGUUACAAAUAAUACACAUGAAUUGAACAGGACUUUAAAACUGGUUUGCACUGUCCCACAAAAGAAAUGUACACAGAGCAAACCAAACCAUUUUCCCCUCUCCCUCUUCUCUUGGCCAACGUGGUCCCCACAACCCCUCACCCCCUUCCAUCAUCCCGGUCACCCUCUUCCAUCACCCCGGUUACUCCCUUCCAUCACCCUGGUCACCCCUAAAAAAGAAUACUGCAAGCGAAAGCUAGUUUCGUUCUAGCUCCUCCCUCAUUGACACCCUAUCUGGGAUGACUAUUAUGGAAACUUUUUAAGCCACCAUCUGGCAAACCCUACUGCCACAUUGCUAUGGACUCUAAAUGACAGCACUUCAUAUUACUGUGCCACAUCAUCACCAUACUUUACUGUACUGUGUUACUUCACAGAGACCAUGUGUGUCAAUCCACUUCUCUGUAAAUUAUAUGGAUUUAGCAGGUCAGUAAAGUCUUGUGUGUGGCCCACAGGGCAAGUAGCAAAACACUGUCUAUCAGGUUAGUCUUUGUUUACAAUUGACUCAACAGUCACCAUGAUUACCCACUAUUAGACAGAACUAGUUGUGUGUGUUUGCCUACCUUGUUCAGAUGAGAAUCUCUCUCACAGCUAUUGACAUGGUGAUGCGAAAUGAUGAAAGAGGUCUCACUAUAGCUUACACAUCUAAUUCAAGGCCUUCCCAUGGACUCACAUGACAAGGGCUGGUUCUCUUACCAAAACAUGUGCAUUCCUUCACUUUCCCUGUCAUAAUGUGUAAUAUGGCGGAAACUGCUUUCGAGUAUAUGUUCAGACCAGUCCUUAUCUGUGACUCUUGAAGAUGACAGUGAAUUAGAACUGAGCCAUGAGUAAUUUGAAACUCUGGAAGACAGACCUCCGAAGCUAACUGCCCCUGUUAUGCUGCAUGUUAGACAGCAGAAUGGACCCUAAUGUUAUGACAAUGAAUGUUUUUUUUGUUAUUUUUUUAAUGCAUGCCAUGCAUACUAUGGUUGCAAACCAACACCUGAUAGCAUGGUGAAGUAAAGUGUGGGCGCCUUAAAGAUGAUGCGUACAUUGAGGUGAAUGCCUGUCAUAUUUUCUUGACCUUUCCAUGAUCAGCCCUCAGCCCCAUUCCAAUGUCCUGUCCAUUUAUUAGAUGAAACACAAAACAAAUAUCCGAUCAGCAUUUGACAUUCAGCUCUUUCACAUGAACUCACCACCUCUCACAUUUAGAGAGAAACAGGGAAAUGCUAGAACGAAACCAUGCAUCCAAAAUUCUAUGUAAAUAUCUGUCUGAAAAAAAUAAACAGUGGGAGGGUAGCAAAGAUGUUUUGGUAAAAUUGUGGGUGAAAGUGAACACACUAUUGACAGAACUUUCACCAUCACCCCAUCACCUCGGUCUGUCUUUCUAUAGCUUUCCCCCUUCCAACUCUCUUUUUGUAUUUCUUGACUACCCCCUCUAAUCCUGAAGAAUAUACCUCAACUCCCUGCCCCUCACCUCAUUAUAUAAUCACCUUCCAUUCCCUGUCUCUGUCCAUUGUAUACAGUACAUAUGAACCAUAUUCUCAUUCUUUAUUGACACUGUACUCACGAUUAUUGUCAUCAUUAUUGAUUAUUCCAAUUAUGAUUGUAAUACUGUAAUCUUUACCACCUUCCCUUACGCACAGUAGAACAACAUUUUCUUAAAAUCUGAAAUCAGAAAAUUGGGGGAAAACAUUAUUAUGAUGAUGAUGAAAAGAGAAAUGUCUGUAUUAUAAAAUAAAAAAAUAAGUGCACUAUUAUGAUUAUUAUUAUUAUUAUUGCCUGUGAUAAAUAAAGAACAAUAAACUACA